AUGGCUCUGAGCAAGAUGGCGCCUCUCGACGAUACCACGCCAGCCAACCGAUUCGACAGUUUCAACGUUUUCAAAACGUCGUACAAGCAGGUGGACUACCAUGACAUCGAGGUCGGCAUCCUGGUGCCAAAAGACGUGAAACCAGGCAAAUGUCCAGUCAUGGUAAAAUUCCACGGCGGUGGUCUGGUCGCAGGAGACUGCCUCUAUGCCGACUGGAUAGGCGCCUUCUUCGUCCCCUGGAUCCACCGCACCAACGCCAUCGUCGUACUACCCAACUACCGCCUCAUCCCCGAGCACAACGGCGCCGACAUCCUCGAAGACCUGAGCGACUUCUGGAAGUGGUUCAACGCAGGCGCCGUCGAUGAAUUCCUCAAAUCUCAGCCGACGAUCAAGGAAAGCGGCAUCAGUCUGGAUUACGGCAAGAUCUUGGUCACAGGCGAUUCGGCAGGCGGCUACAUGGCCUUGAUGUCCGCUCUCACACAGCCUAAAGACAGCAUCAAAGCCGUUUUCGCGCAGUAUCCCAUGACGAACUAUCUGCGUUGCGAAAAGGUCGAUGAGUUCUUUGGUCAGCCUUCUCCGCCUGAGUCUCUUAUCGCCAAGCAUCUCGCGGCCGUCAAGCCAGGUGCUAUCGUCACUUCGGGUGUUCAACCGGAGAGGAUGGGAUUGAGCUAUGCUUUAGCCGCCUACGGACACUAUCUCACGUACUUCGGUUCUGAUGAGAAGAUGUGGCCGAUUGGGCUGGUGGAGGAGAAGGAGUGGUUGCCGCCGACGUGGAUUGUGCAUGGUGACGCGGAUGGGGCGGUUAGUGUGGAGGAUAGCAGGAAGUUUGUGGAGAAGUGCAAGAAAUUGGGUGAGGGUGUUGAGGUCAGGCUGGAGGUCAGAGCUGGCCAGGAUCAUGGCUUUGAUAUCGCGACGAAGGAGGAUGAGGAGGCGUGGCUUAAGGAGGGGUUGGCGUGGGUGGAUGGGAAGUGGCUGCGCUCGUGA